AUGAAAGAAUUAAGCGAGUCAAAAAAAAAAAGUGAAUGCUAUGAUCAUAAAAUUCAACAGUUUGGAAUAACCUCAGAUCCUCACGGAAGGUGUAAAAAUAGGGGUGGUAGAUGUAGAAGGAAUGAUGAGAAAGUUGAAAUUGAACAUAUUGAUAAAUCAUUAUAUCCAGGAUUUUUCCCAGAAAAAAAUGAAUUAAAUGAAUUAAUCGAUGAAGAUGAAAAUAAUGAUGAUGCAAAAGAAGCCGGAGAUUUUACAUGGUUUGUUGAUCCUAAAUAUGAGAAUCCUCAAGGAAUGUUGUAA